AUGCACCUCCAUGGGCGGCUCGGCUGCGAGCACGCGUACCCCGACGAGCUAAAGGACCUCACGCCGCUCGAGGAGAAGCUCAUCUCGCUCAACUCGUGCUACGGCUUCGUGACGAAGUAUAGCAUCCCCGGCGGCCAGAGGCAGAGCGUGAGGUACCCGAGGCACGUCAAGGGCCAUAUCACGGUGUUCCCGAACGACGUGCAGGGCCUGGCUGCCAAGGUGCUCCCGCACCCGCUGGUCCGGGUCAUGGACGAGAUCCACGUCUCGUGGCAGGGCGCUGAGAGGCCCGGGCCGCGGGACCUAUCAGGCCUGCUGUCGGUAAGGCGGUCGGCGGUCGAGAGGGCGCUGGCCUGGCUCAAGGAGAACAACCCGCUCUACGGCGAGGUCGAGAUCGACGCGGCGGAGAUAGCCAGCUGGGGCGCCGCCGCACGGGGUGCCGCCGGUGGUACGGCGCAGGUGGUGCCGCCGUCGGAGCGGGCCAUGGACGACGGAGGCGCGGCCGAGAUCGAGGAGGUCCUCGCGAUGCUAAGGCAGGGCCAGGACCCCGCCGAGGGGAGCCGCGACGUCGGGCUCACGUGCGAGGACGACGACAGGGACGGCGCUAGGCCCGAAGAGGACGGGGACGUAAUCAAUGAGGUAACGUCUUCCGGCAUGUUCCCGUUAGAUGGGGCGCCAGAUGUGGCCGACGCCGAGAAGAUUCGCUUCGCCGCGACGCGGUCGGGCCCGAGGAGCGCGCGCCAGCCCGAGGACGUGCGACGCGGCGAGGAUUUCGCCGACUCGGCGGACGCCUCCUUCUUUGCAAAGGCCUUUCCGACCCUGUUCCCCUUUGGCUUAGGCGGGCCGAGGCUCGCCGACGAGGACGCCGCGGGAGAGAGCGCGGGCCCUAGCGUCGGGAACCAGGGCGCCCAGGCGGAGCGGGUUGCAGAGGGCCUUAUGUCGACGCGGAACAUGAAGCUCCAGGCAUGGGCCGACGUCGUGCUGCGGCGUCACGGCGGCCGCAUGCUAGGCGUAGCGAGGAAGAACUUCGCAAGGGUCGAGGGCCUACUAAAGUCGUUAACGGCGCAGAGGCUCGAGGCGGCCAGGGCCGAGCUCGAGGCCACAGGUAAGACUAGCGACGACGGGGUAAAAGAGCUCCUCCGGUCCCUCUCCGUGUUCGGCUACCGGCAGCCAAUGUCGAGGGAGAGCCGCCUUAGUAUGCGGAAGAAGAUACUAUCCCUCAUCGUUAGGUACGGGGUGCCGGCUAUCUGGUUCACGCUGAACCCGAACGACAUUACGAACCUAGUAAAGUUACGGCUAGCGGCGCACCGCGGCCGCGACCCCGACGAGGCCGAGGCCUUCCUAAGUGACCUAGGGACCGCGUAUAAGCGGACGCGGCUGGCCAUAUCGGACCCGAUGAGCUCGGCCGUCUUCUUCCACCGGGAGAUGACGCUCUUCUUCGAGCACUACGUCAACGUCGGGGAGGAGUCGGUGUUCGGCCACGUCGGCGCAUACUACGGGGCGGUAGAGACCAACGAGCGAGGCGCCCUCCACAUCCACGGGCUCCUCUGGCUAAGGGGCAACGCGGGCAUUGGCGACGCGCUCGCCGGCCCGGACGCGGAGGAGCAGGCGGCGUACCGGGAGCGCAUCGUCCGCUACGUAGAUAGCGUCUUCUCUGAGGAGCUAGACGCAGAAGGUUACUGUGCCAUGCAGGCAGAGCGGUCGGCCACGGCGGACAUAUCGUCGCGGCUCGACGACGUCGCGCGCUUCACGGACACCUUCGACGAGGAGGCCAACUUCUGCGCGGGCGCGACGCAGAUCCAUACGCAUAGCGCGACCUGCGUAAAAUACUCGCUCGGCGUGGGGGCGCGGAAGGGGGACCUCUGCCGGUUUAAGGCGCCGUGGAGGUUGGUGGAGAGGACGGCGCUGACGGCGGACGGGGUGCUCGAGAUCCGGCGGACGCAUAGCAUGGUGAACCGGUGGAACAGGGCGAUGGCAGUGGGGCUACGACACAACCACGACAUCUCGUUCAUCGCGACGCAGCGCAAGACCAUGGCCCUAAUCUACUAUAUUACUAACUAUGCGACGAAGGUAGAGGACCCGGUGUGGAAGCGUGUGGCCGCCGCGGCCGAGUUCCUUCCUGUGCUAGAGCCGACGGGAGAGGGCAACAGAAGUGGCGCCGACCGCGACGGGAAUAAGACGAGAACGUUCCUGCUUAAGGCGGCGAAUCGAGUCUUUACGGAGCGGCCGCUGUCGCAGGUCGAGGUGAUCGCGCACCUCCUAGGGUACCCGGCGGAGUUUAGCAGCGGCUCAGCGUGGGCGUAUAUAAACGCAAACCAGCUCUACUGGGCCGUCUUCCGCCGGUGGCGGCACCUCCGACGGGCGAGCGGCGCCGAGGCGACGGGCGACGCGCCGGACGAGACGGUCGUCGUCGAGGAGGCUGGCCUGAGGAUCCUCUCGUCGAGGCCUACCGGCACCGGGCGAGCUCCUGCGGGCCUCUGCCUUUAUGACUACGCAUCGCUUGUAAGGUUAAAGCAAAACGGCAGCGGCGCCGACGGUAUGGCGGGCUGGGGUGAGGUACCCUUCGCGGAGAGCUGGGCGUCGGGGAAGGGCUGGGUGCAGGCGCUUAGGCGGCCGGGUUGCGGGGCGACUGUAUGCGUCGACGGAUACCUCAGCAAGGAGUUCAGCGAGGAAGACGACGAGUCGUGCCACCGGAGGGCGGCGGUGCAGCACCUGGCCCUAUUCGUGCCGUGGGAGUCCUUCCUCGGCGAGGAGGCAGGCGACAUUAACAACAUCUGGGCACGGGCGCAGAGUCGCUGGCGCCGAGGGUCGCGCGGCUCGCAGACAACGUGCAGCUCCUCCGGCGGUCGGCGGAGGACGCGAAGCGCGACGCCAAGCAGGGGCGGCCGAAGGGGCGAGGAGGCAUACCGCGCCGGCGGGGCGGGCGACGCGGCUCGGCUCAUCGACGUCGUCCGGAACGCCGCCAGCGCGGGACAAGUCACGGCGCAGUCAACAGAGCUGCUAGCGAUGACGCAGCAGCUCUGCCGGUUCCAGCAGUCGGCGCUCGGGUCGGCGGCCGAGCUCGCGGCGACGGUGGUGGCGGACGAGAGGGCAGGCAGGCGGGUGAACCUACCGGGCUCGGCGCUGUCGGGGGCGGCACUGCCGCGGCAAGAAGAGGUGCGGGCCAUCAAGUCGCAGCAGAGGAGCGCGGCGCGGAGCGGGAGCGGGCGAUCCAGGGCAUCCAGGGCGGCGGGCGGCGGCGGGCGUCGGGGCCGACGCGGCGCGGCCCUUCGCGGGGUGAUGGGGGGCUUCGGCGAGGACGACAUCGACGUAACGGCGGCCGACGGCGACGCAGACGCAGGCACGGCGGCGGGGGAGCUGGCGGGCCAGCUCACGCUCAACGAGAAGCAGGCCAUCGCCCUCCUAAUCGUGUGCCGGCAACUCGACCGAAUCCGGCGGGGCGACGACGCAGGCGGCGACGGUGGUGGCCAGCUCUGCCUAUUCAUCGGCGGCGAGGGCGGCACCGGCAAGUCGCGCGUCAUCGAGGCGCUCGUCGAGCUGCUCGCCCGGAGGGACCUAUCGAGCCGGGUACUGGUUACGGCGACGUCGGGGAUGGCGGCAGCGCGGAUCAACGGCAUCACGCUGCACUCGGCCUGCGGCCUUACGGGCGAGCGCUUCGUCGACGGCCGGUCGCGGAUGGACUGGCAGGAGAAGGAGGUGCUGGUGAUCGACGAGGUCAGCAUGCUCGGGGCGCGGACGCUGCACGCCGCCAACGAGCAGCUCUGCCGGCUGCGGGGGUCGGCGCGGGACUUCGGCGGCAUCCCGGUAGUGAUCCUCUGCGGCGACUUCCACCAGUUCCGGCCGGUGCAGGAACGGUCGAUCCUGCUGCCGAGCGCGGCGGUGGCGUGGGACGAGGACGGGGCGUUCGCGGCCGAGCAGCGGCGGCAGCACGACAAGGCGCACGCGCUGUGGCGGCGCUUCACGACGGUCGUCAUGCUAGACGAGCAGAUGCGGGCCGCCGGCGACCCGGAGCUGCGGCGGCUGCUCGGGCGGAUCCGCCGGGGCGAGCAGGACCGGUCGGACCUAGAGCUGCUCAACUCGAGAUGCUACCGGCCGGGCAGGCGGAUCCCGUGGGAGACGGGCCUGACGGUGGUGACGCCGCUCAACCGGAACCGCUGGAACCUCAACCUAGAGGCGGCGCUCGCGUUCCGGGAGAGGCGGCGGACGGCGGCGCGCGUCUUCCUCUCCGAGCAUAAGUGGAGGGACGGCGUGCCGACGGAAGAGGAGGCGGUGCUAAUGCUAGGCCAGGGCGACGACAGCGCGACCCCGGUGCCGGCCGUCUUCCUCUUCGUGCCAGGCAUGCCGGUCGUCGUGAACCAGAACACGCACCAGGGGCUAAAGCUUGUGAACGGGGCCGGGUACACGGCGGUGGACGUCAUCCCCGACCGCGCCUUCCCCGGCCACCGCGUCUCGGCGGAGCUCAUCAUGCACUUCGGCCGCCGGCGGGCAUCGUGCUGGCCUCGGAGACGACCAAGGACUUCCACUUCGUCGGGAUGCCUGCCGGGACGAUCCUGCUAA